CUUUCAAGAUCCCUCUACAAACUUCCCUUCUUGCUCUCCUUUCACCUAUAUAUACAUAUAUUCUCCCACCCUUCACCACCUCAAGCCAACACUCAUCGGCAAACACAUAUACGCAAAGCUCUCAAUUCUUAACGUCUUCUGCGUUUAAUAUAAAAAUGGCGGCUUCAACUUUGUGUUGCUCAUCUUCUCCAUUGGUAUCAGACAGAGCUAAGCCUUCUUGUUCCAUUAAAGCUGUAACGCCAUUCUCUGUAUCUUUUCCAUCCAAGAAUCCCUGCAUCAGCCGACUCUCUCUUGUAAGGGCACAGGCUGCUGGGGAUAAUAACAAAGAUAUGUCAGUGGACGUGCAUGUCAACAAAGACAACCAAGGCACAGCUGUUGAGAAGAGGCCUAGAGGGUUGGCUGUCGAUGUCUCUCCUUUUGGUUUGUUGGACCCCUUGUCUCCUUUGAGAUCAAUGCGUCAAAUGCUGGACACAAUGGACCGGAUAUUCGAGGAUGCCAUGAUAUUGCCGGGCAGCAGGAGCCGAACAGGAGGACAGGUGCGUGCACCGUGGGAUAUCAAAGACGAUGAACAAGAGAUCAAAAUGCGAUUCGACAUGCCAGGACUGACGAAAGAGGAUGUGAAGGUUUCGGUAGAGGACGAUAUUCUGGUUAUUAAAGGAGAGCACAAAAAGGAAGAAGAGGGGGAAGAUGAUUCCUGGACAAAUAGAAGCUACAGUUCCUAUGAUACUCGUCUCCAGUUACCAGACAACUCUGAGAAAGAUAAGAUCAAGGCUGAGCUGAAGAAUGGAGUUCUCUUCAUCUCCAUUCCCAAGUCUAAAGUUGAGCGCAAGGUUAUGGAUGUUCAAAUUCAGUAAAAAAUAAUGUUUUAAGUGUUAUUUUUUUAAUCUUUUAUCUCCGUUAUGUACUCUUAAUCUCUUCGUAUUUUGCAUAAAAAUGUAGAUAUUGUUGUGAAUGGUAAGGGGAAAUAAUCUAUUUUUCCAUUUCCAGCAA